AUGCAUGAGCCAAAGGUUGUUCUAGUCACCGGUUGUGCAAAAGGUGGCAUCGGAUAUGAGUAUUGCCGGGCAUUUGCUGAGCAGGAUUGCCGGGUCAUUGCCUCCGAUAUCCCUCGACGCAAGGAUGACAUGCUAGAUUUCGGUUCUGAUAAAAUCGAAAUGGAAGAGCUUGAUGUUUCAUCAGACGAGAGCGUAUCAUCAGUUGUGAACGGCAUUAUAUCCAAGUACGGUCACAUUGAUGUGCUUGUAAAUAAUGCUGGUAUAGGAAGCACCGGACCGUUAGCCGAGCUUCCGUUAGAUGCAAUCAGGAAAGCUUGGGAAAUCAAUGCAUUGGGGCAGCUAAGAAUGGUGCAACAAGUUGUGCCUCACAUGGCGUCGAGGCGUCGGGGAGUUAUAGUUAAUGUAGGGAGCAUCGUUGGGAAGGUGCCGACACCAUGGGCGGGGUCAUAUUGUUCUAGCAAGGCUACAGUCCAUGCCAUGACCAACACUUUGCGAGUUGAAUUAAGGCCCUUUGGCAUCGAUACGGUGCUUGUGAUGCCUGGUUCUGUGAGGUCGAAUUUCGGAAACUCUAGCCUCGAGAGGCUGGGAAACCAUGAUUGGAAACUUUAUAAGGAAUUCAAGAAGGCGAUUGCUGAGCGGGCCAGGGCUUCGCAAGGUUCAAAGGCAACGGAUGCAACUAUGUUCGCUAGGCAUGUGGUGAAGAAGGUUUUGAGUCCUAAACCACCAAAGCAGAUAGUGUUCGGUCACAUGACUGGCUUGUUUGCUGUUCUUUCAUUGUCCCCGCUUUGGGUUAGAGAUAUGUUUUUUCGAACUCGUUUCAAUUUAAAUAAGAAAGUGUAA